CCCCCAUUAAGAACGGGGAGAGAAAGCGCAAGUGGGCGGGAGGGACUGCGAGGAGCGAACGUCUUGACCCCAAAGCGCACUCCUGGUUUGUCACCAUAGAGUGGUUUUCUGUAUUGUAAUACGUAAAGCACAUUCCAGAACUGCUCAGUUUCGAGUUACCUAAUGGAUCUUCACUGUGUGCCAAUUGGUCGAUUUCUGUGAAAACGCCCCCGUUUCUGCCAAAGGGCAGGAGUCGCUGCUCUUAUGCCGGGCGCUGCUGGUUGUGUAGGGCGCUAUUGCUUUUUUAAGGACGCUCUGCACUGAAUUAGGCUUCCUCGUAGGUCAUGAUCGGUUAAGUCCUGUCAAAGAAAAAAGGACUGAGUGCAGAAGAAAAGAGAACUCGCAUGAUGGAAAUAUUUUUUGAAACAAAAGAUGUAUUUCAAUUAAAAGACUUGGAGAAGAUUGCUCCCAAAGAGAAAGGCAUUACUGCUAUGUCAGUAAAAGAAGUCCUUCAAAGCUUAGUUGAUGAUGGUAUGGUUGACUGUGAGAGGAUCGGAACUUCUAAUUAUUAUUGGGCUUUUCCAAGUAAAGCUCUUCAUGCAAGGAAACAUAAGUUGGAGGUUCUGGAAUCUCAGGUGACUUUCCUCCACCCCCACAUGAAGUGCAAGAUGGAGUUGUCUGAGGGAAGUCAAAAGCAUGCAAGCCUACAGAAAAGCAUUGAGAAAGCUAAAAUUGGCCGAUGUGAAACGGAAGAGCGAACUAGGCUAGCAAAAGAGCUUUCUUCACUUCGAGACCAAAGGGAACAGCUAAAGGCAGAAGUAGAAAAAUACAAAGACUGUGAUCCACAAGUCAUGGAAGAAAUACAGACGGGGUCCUGCUACACUGGUCUUGAACUCCUGGGCUCAAGCAGUCCUCCUGCCUCAGCCUCCCAAAGUGCUAGGAAUCCAGGCGUGAGCUAUUGCACCCGGCUGAAAGACAAUAUUAUUAAGGAACUACUCCCCAAAUUGAUCUACAGAUUCAAUGCUAAACCUAUCAAAAUUUCAGCUGCUUUUUUGCAGAAAUUGGCCAAGCAAAUAAAGUAGCCAAAGAAGCUGCUAACAGAUGGACUGAUAACAUAUUCGCAAUAAAAUCUUGGGCCAAAAGAAAAUUUGGGUUUGAAGGAAAUAAAAUUGAUAAAACUUUUGGAAUUCCAGAA